AUGACAGUGAUUUAUGCUAUUGUUGGUAUCCCAAUAAUGCUUAUCACACUUCGUGAUCUUGGCAAUUUUUUAUACAAAACAAUGAUCAAUGCAAUUCGAUUGAUGCGUUUCACAUCGAAUGUAUGCACGAUAUUUGAUUUGAUAAAAGAAAAUGAUGAAAAGAUGAUAAAGGCUAACGACAUGGUAUUGAGUAGGCCUAAUCCACCAGUUCGAAUACCUGUACUUCUAGCUAUUGGAACAACUUUCGGUUGGAUAUUCAUCUGUGCUGGACUUUUCAAAAUAUGGGAGCGUGAUUGGACUUAUGCAGAAAGCUGUUACUUCAUUUUAUCAACAAUUGGAUUAGGCGAUCUUUCUGUAAGGCGAAGAGAUUUGAUGAUAAUGUGCUUUGUUUUUGUGAUAAUCGGCCUUGCAAUGGUCAGUAUGUGUAUCAGUGUUAUACAGAAAGCAUUAGAGGAUUUUUACAUCAAUGUUUUCUUGAAAUUACUUCUCGAAUAUCAAUCUAAAUUAAGUCAAGGAAAUGGUGCAGUUGAAGCAUCCGUAGGUAUGAUGCAAAUGUGGGAUAAUAACAAGAAAGCUAAAUAUCUGAUGUCAUUUCUCAGACGAGCAUCGGUAUUGACGAAGGUACAAAAAGAUGCCGAAGCACAUGGUAUUGAAGUUCCACUAAUCUUCUCAAAUAUUGAUGAAGAAUCCGGCAUGCCGAAGCUAUUUGCUAAUGAAGUAAAUGAAGAAACGGCAGCAGCUAUUGUAGAAGAAACAAUUCAACAACAUGUUGAAAAUGUGGAACUCAAUGCUCCACCAAUGAAAUCAUCAACUGAUCUAUCACUUCCAAAAACA